AUCAGCGCCAGCAGUAACAGUCCUUCCUGGCCGACACAUUAAUUAUUCCACAGUCUCCAGAUAUUAAUGCGUUUUCCGCGUUGCCCGCUGUUUUAAUGCGUUUUCCGAGUUUCUAACAAAUAAUUCACUGUCUCGGACGCGUGAUGCACAGCAAAUUGAAAGAUGGCGCGAAAGAACAGCCGGCGCGCACGUUCAGGUGCACACGUCAGCUCUUCUGCUCCUCGGAUUGAAUGAAUAAUUUUAGAUGCACCGAAGGGAUAGGCGCAUAAUCUAAACGUGACUGUACGUUCAAGCUUUCUGUGCCAUGAGCUGUCGUGUCCAGUGACCCGCUGGCGAUGGGAUCUGACCGGCAUACUGAUACGCUCCGACAGCAGCGUCAGCACCGGGGAGCGCGACAGCCGCAAGAACACCUCGCGCGCCACUUUGGAUUUCGUUAGAGUUGCUCAUUUCUUUACGUUUGUAAUAUUUUAAUGUUGGUCUCAUCGUCUCGAAUGCGUUGCUGUGUAGUUGAAAUCGCUGGAACGCUUCUUCAGAUUAAGUUUGGGGCUAUUGCAACUCGGUCGAUUAGAGAGAUGCUGAUCGCUCGGGAUCACUGGUGCGCGGGGACCUUGUGCCUCUUCAUGCUUGUGGUUUUGACGCUUGGCCGUACCCCGCCAGCGAACAGUGUGAAUGAACAGAGCAACAUGUCAUACGUCAAAGUCACCGUGGAUAAACUUCUCAAAGGCUACGACAUCCGUCUCAGGCCUGACUUCGGAGGUCCUCCGGUUGAUGUUGGUAUGAGUAUUGACAUCUCUAGUAUCGACAUGGUGUCAGAAGUGAACAUGGAUUAUACCAUCACCAUGUAUUUCCAGCAGUCCUGGCGUGAUAAGCGUCUGUCCUACACAGGGAUCCCUCUAAAUCUUACUUUGGAUAACCGAGUGGCUGAUCAACUCUGGGUGCCUGAUACUUACUUCAUAAAUGACAAGAAAUCUUUUGUUCAUGGGGUCACUGUGAAGAACCGUAUGAUUCGUCUACAUCCUGAUGGGACUGUGCUCUACGGCCUCAGGAUAACUACCACAGCUGCAUGUAUGAUGGAUUUGCGCAGAUACCCGCUGGAUGAGCAGAACUGCACGCUGGAGAUUGAAAGUUAUGGCUACACUACAGAUGACAUUGAGUUCUACUGGCAGGGAGGAAGUUCAGUGACGGGGGUGGACAACAUCGAGCUGCCGCAAUUCUCUAUUAUUGAUUAUAAAACACUGUCUAAGAAAGCUGUGUUUGCCACAGGGUCGUAUCCUCGUCUGUCUCUCAGUUUUAAGCUGAAGAGAAACAUAGGAUAUUUCAUCCUGCAGACCUACAUGCCUUCAACGCUGAUCACCAUCCUGUCCUGGGUCUCCUUCUGGAUCAACUAUGAUGCUUCAGCUGCAAGAGUUGCACUAGGAAUCACCACCGUUCUGACUAUGACUACAAUCAACACUCAUCUCAGGGAGACUCUACCUAAGAUCCCGUAUGUGAAGGCCAUAGAUAUCUAUCUGAUGGGCUGCUUUGUCUUUGUGUUCCUGGCCUUGCUCGAGUAUGCUUUCGUCAACUACAUAUUCUUCGGCCGUGGUCCACAUUUACGGAAGAAAGUGGCAGAAAAAGCUGCAAAAAGCAACAAUGAGAAGAGUAACAAAGUUCAGGUUGAUGUCCAUGGACACAUUCCCCUGACAAACCUUGAUCUGCGCCUUAGUGGGGCAGAGAUGUUAGGUGCUCUUGGGGACCCGAGGAACACCAUGUUCUCUUAUGAUAGUGCCAGCAUCCAAUACCGUAAGCCCCUUACAAGUCGGGACCUCUAUGGACGGCCCACUGCCUCUAUCGAGAGGCCAAUGGAACGGAAAAAGAGUCAUCUUAGGAGGCGAGCCGCUCAACUAAAGGGAGCAGCAGUGACUCAACCCAGCCAUACACACAUCAGGUCAGGCUCUCUUACCCUCCUUGCGGUUUCGACUGCCAGUCAGACAGGAGGAAGAGUUAAUCUGCCAAGAAUGGAUGUCCUUGCAUCAAUAUGACAACACAUGAUGACAAGCAGGAUGUUCAGGAGUUCAAAGUCUGGACCGUAUGUAAAUUUGUACAUUAAAACAUAUCAGGUAUCAGAAGAUCUAUGAUGUCAUCAAGUUUUUCUAUUCUUCUUCUUAUAGGCCAAUCAAUCCUGCAUAUUUCAUUCAAAGCAGUAGUUGAAUUUUCACCCUACUUUAUAUUAAGUGUCUAACUACUGUAUAGUACGUACUAACAUUUAUAUGAAUAAUUUCAUACAAUGCACUUAUUUUAUACAUGCACGUUUCUUACACUAUACGUAUAUUUAAUAAUAUCUUCAUGAAAUUACUCCUGUAAUUAAUUUCUCUAAUUACUCUGUUGUUGACCCUUCUCUUACAUCUUAAGUGAAUUGACAUGAAGGCCAAGUAUGGUAACCCUCUUUGUCCUCUGUAUUUAUUUAACCCAUCUAUGAGUAGGGAACAUUGGGCAGUGUGGUGCCCAGGGAGCUGUUGUGGGUGUUGAGGGUGGAAGAAAAAAGCUGUUCUUUCAGUACUCCCAUCUAUAUUUUCCUGCCGGUAAUGAGAAGUGAACCCGCAACCUUGGGGUUACAAGUCAGGCUCUCUAACCAUUAGGCCACAAAUGCUCCAUUAAACCUAAUUAAACAUACCCAUGCUGCCCUAUAAACCUACCCAUACCACCAAACCUGUCCCUAACCAUACCAAUAUCCCAGCUCAAUAGCAGCAAAAGUGUGUUGGGUAUCACUUUAUUUUACUGUGUUCUUGUUACACAUUACAUGUAGUUACUAU